CACUCACCUGCACAAGCACAGGAACGGAAGCCUUACCCGAACAAAGGACUCCGAGACGCCAGACCCAUCGCGCACCCUACUUUGGACCGUACUUGACUUUAGUAAAGACUGAAUCAUGUGUACUGGAAGUUUCGCCAAAUGCCUGGGGAUAACCCUUCUCCCGCUGGCCGUCAUUUGUGUCAUCAGCAACAUUAUGCUGUUUUUCCCUGGUGGUAAAGUACUCGAUGAUAGCGGUGACAUCACAGAAGAAGUCUUUUACCUCGGAGGAAUUCUGGGAUCUGGUGUGGUGAUGAUUUUCCCUGCACUGGUUUUCCUGGGCUUGAAGAACAACGACUGCUGCGGCUGCUGUGGAAACGAGAGCUGCGGAAAAUGUUUUGCGAAUUUCGGAUCCAUUCUGUUUGCCCUGGCCGGAGCUGCGGGCGCCGCCUACUCCGUUAUCGUGUCUUGCGUGGCCAUUAAUCACGGGCCCAAGUGCUUCACUACCGAUGAGCAAAUCAACGCCACUUACCCAUUUGCCGAAGGAAACUACCUGUCCAACAAAACUCUGUGGGAUUAUUGUAAGGGUCCAGGUGAUGUUAUCACAUGGCAUUUGACUCUGUUCUGCAUCCUGCUGGUCACUGGUCUGGUUCAGAUCGGUCUGUGCGCUUUCCAGGUCAUCAACGGACUCAUCGGCACCAUCUGCGGCAGCUGCUGCAGCUGUUGUGGGGACUAAACUAAUCAGAAUGGACUUGGAUCUUCUUCAGGACUAAUCAUACAUCCGUAUCUGUAAUUGUCAACAUCUUCUCACCUCAUGAUUUGUAUUUAUGCUGUUCAGAUGGAAGUUGUUUGCUGUAUACCACACCUGCCUGAUGGCUGUUGGCUUAUGACGGCAACAGAUAUUUGAUAUCGUUUUAUAUUGUUAUAGAUAGCUAUAUAUGAUGUUUUAUAUAGAUUUAUAUAAUAUAGGAUAUUGAUAUAUAGUGUAUUGAUACAUAAAAAUAUUAAAUAUUUAUUAAAACUGUAGCAGAAUGAUAUUUUCGUACAAGUAGCCUAUUUAGUCUUUUUUUAAUGACGGAUAUGGGAACGUGCAAAUAUACGGAAUAUUUGAUGAAAGAUAGUUUUAUUUUACCUCAGGAAAUUGGUUGAAAUGUAUUGCUAUAUUAGUAAAAUAACUACUAUAUUUGACAUUUAAUAAACUCUUGAUUUA